UUAAUACAAGACUUUCUUCGCUACUGUCUGAAUCCAAUAAUACCUCAUUUCAUGACUGUGAUAAUGAUUUUGUCAAUAGUAAUACUAGCUUUUCUGAAUAUGAUGAUAAUUUUGAAAAAUUAAGUGUUCCCACUUUUCAUUAUGAUAAAAACCAAAAUGAUCCUGACAUUAUUCAUCAAAAAUCUUAUCACUAUUCAUCAGAUGGUAUUUAUAAAGCUUAUAAAGUUGCAUCUAUUAUUCAACUAGAAAUACUUAAAAAGAAGUAUCUACAACAUGUGUUUUAUAGACAAGAUGUGUAUAACGCAAUUUAUAAAUUGCAUCAAAAUGAUAAUGAGAGGUCUGAUUCUGUUUCUUUAUUUGACAGACUUUUUGAAAAAAUGUCUUCAGAUCCACGUUGGAAGAUAUUUAUAAGAUAUACUGGCAAUGAACAUCAGUUAUCAGAAGAUAUAGUUGAUGAACCCCAGGCAACAUUAAAGGCUAUUUUAGAUAAUACUAAUAUGUCUAAAAUUAUUGAAAAGUGGAGAAUUCAUCGAAUUGGAGGCCUUUCUUAUAAAAAAAAUCUGGUAGUUCUUCUUAAUGAUAGAACAUAUAUUUAUGAAUUUCUUGAUAACUCGCUGGUUCUUACAGCCUUAGAAUCAUCAAGUGAAUAUAUAAUUCAAGCAAAUGAUACUCUUCAAAGUUUACAAAAUUUUCAGAGCACUGGCUAUCAAUCUAAUAUUCAGCAUGUUAUUUCCCAGAAAAAUAAAUUUGGAAUAGCUUUUUCAACAGCUAAAAUGGUGAUUAAUGUUGCAUUAGAAACAAAGUGUGAUAAUAAAUUAAUUCAAUUAUUAAAGACUUUCAUUUUGAUUAAACAAAAUAGCUGCAAUAAGAAUGAUAAUUCAGAAGAAGCAGAAAGCAGUAAAAAUAAUCUGAAUAGUGAUAAUAUUAUUACAUUACAACAAGAUUUGAUCGAACAAACAAAUAAUCCACAUGUUACUAAAAUUCAAACUCAAGAUCACAAUACAAGUGCUUGCUAUGUGGAACACCAGGUUACUAUCAAAAAAAGUGUCCAAAUAUUAAAGAAAACUAAUCUUUAUGUUUAUAUCUAUAGAUCUUGA